AUUAGCGACCUCUAUAAAUACCGAGUAACAGUAGUAUCUCAGACGUCGAAAGGUUGACUUUAGUGAUCUUAGGAAUCAUACCGUCAGUUUAUUGCUUAUUGUUGUGCCGAAACGUAAUUCGUCACGAUGUCCGCCUUGACGAAAGGUAUUUAUAUUGUUGCUGCAAAGCGUACCCCAUUUGGCACAAUGGGGGGUAUGUUUAAGAACAUCACUGCAACAGACUUAUCAGUAGUUGCAUCAACCGCUGCAAUCCGGACAGCGGGGAUAUCUCCAGAAAAGAUUGAUAGCGUUGUGUUUGGACAUAUCAUGUCACAAUCGUCCUCUGAUGGAAUUCUUCUAGCAAGACAUGUUUUACUGAAAUCAGGAAUCCCGAUUGAAAAACCAGCAUACAGUGUAAACAGAUUAUGUGGUUCUGGUUUCCAAUCAAUUGUCAAUGGAGCACAGAGUAUUUUAGCAGGAGAUUCAAAGAUCGUUUUGACGGGUGGUGCAGAGAACAUGAGUCAAGCUCCUUUUAUUGUAAGAGGCGUUCGUUAUGGAACUGUUCUGGGACAAAAGUUGGAUUUUGAAGAUUCACUUUGGAUAGGAUUACUCGAUACUUAUUGUAAUUUACCUAUGGGCUUGACUGCGGAAAAACUUGGUGCCAUGUACAACCUUAAGAGAGAAGAAGUUGAUAAAUUUGCUUUGUGCAGUCAACAACGUUGGAAAUCCGCCAACGAUGAGGGCCAUUUCAAGGAAGAAAUUGCACCUGUACAAGUGAAAGUCAAAAAGCAAAAUAUAACUGUCACUGUAGAUGAACAUCCACGCCCGCAAACGACUUUGGAGUCCCUCGCGAAACUGAAAUCAGUUUUCCAAGCGGACGGAUUAGUCACAGCUGGUUCCGCAUCAGGUAUUUCUGACGGAGCAGGUGCUGUCAUUUUAGCUAGCGAAGAAGCCGUCAAGACAGAAAAAUUAAAACCACUGGCACGUUUAAUUGGAUAUUCUAUCAUUGGCGUGGAUCCAAGUAUUAUGGGAAUUGGACCCGCACCAGCAAUUAGGAACUUGCUCAAAGCUACAGGCAAAACUCUUGAUGAUGUAGAACUAGUGGAGAUUAAUGAGGCGUUUGGAGCUCAAACUUUGGCCUGCGCAAAGGAACUUAAUCUAGAUCUGAACAAAUUGAACGUGAAUGGUGGAGCUAUUGCUCUGGGACAUCCAUUAGCUGCUUCUGGUAGUAGAAUCACCGCUCACUUAGUGUACGAACUUCGGAGACGGAAAGCAGGAAAACUAGGUAUCGGCUCAGCUUGUAUCGGUGGUGGCCAAGGCAUUGCCUUAAUGAUAGAGGCGUUAUAAUUAUUAAAA